UGGCGUGAUGUCGUGAGGGACGACCUCAUCCACCAACGGCCCUUCUGGGUGCUGUCGUGCUACGGACACGCACGAGAGGGUGCCAACGAUCUGACCGGCGAUGUCAGCCCUGAAGAGGUGCGCUGGAUGGACAUGCGGCGUGGGGCACCGCAGCGCCAGCUGGCCUCGGAUUUCCAGAGCGCUCGACGCGCGCGCAUCAACUGCAUGGACAGGCUAAUGAAGGCACCCCAAGCCCCCAGCAGGGGUGGAGGCGCAGUGGCUGCCCCGCCCUACCCUGCAGCACAGGCCGGCAUCAGCGAGCAGCCCCGACCCCAGCAGCCGGCCGUGGCCCAACAGAUGGGUGGCGGGGGGGGCUUCGGGGCUGCCUUCCGGAACGUGCAGGCUGGCGCGACGGCAGCGCCCGCUCAGCCCAGUCAGACAGGGUUUGGAGCGGCUGCAGGGCUGGGGCCGUCACCCCUGGCUGCCGCACCCUUCGGCCCACGCCCUGUAUCGGGAUUUGGGAGUGGAGUGCCCUCGGCAGCCCAGCCGGGCUUUGAGGCAGCAGCCGCGCAGCAGGGCUUCGGAACAGCAGCCGCGCAGCCGGGCUUCGGGGCAGCAGCCGCGCAGCCGGGCUUCGGGGCAGCAGCCGUGCAGCCGGGCUUCGGGGCAGCAGCCGUGCAGCCGGGCUUCGGGGCAGCAGCCGCGCAGCAGGGCUUUGCAAGCACCCCCAUCAUCCAGCCGGGCUUUGGGGCAGCUGCCGCGCGUCCUGGCUUUGGGAAUGCGCCCACCCCAUCAGGCACAUUUGGUGGUGCGCCUCCUGCUCCAGCAGGAUUCGGGGCCUCACCUGGCGCCGGCCCCUUUGGAGCUUUUGGGGUGCCCACACCAGCCGCUGCACCCCCGAGCUUUGGGGGCUUUGGGGCCGCUCCAAGCCCUCCUGCAUGCCAAGGACAGAGCAUGGCAGCCCUGGGCCUCAAUGCCACACCGCAGGGAGCAGGUCUGGGUCAGGCUCAGCAGCCACCCUUGAACCAGGCCAGCCUGGACGGGACGGACGCAGAUGUCGCUGCAUGGCGUGCGCCUGCCUUUGAGCCGGGGAAGAUUCCCGAGACCUCACCCCCACAGGAAUUCUGCACAUGA